UUCCUCCUGCCGCAGGAGCCGGCUUCCACGUGUGCCCCGGAGCCGGCGUCUUCUCACUCGCUCCGCUCCGGCUCUGGGUGCCUUCAGCAGCCCGAGCAGCCGGGGCUCCGGGGCCCAGGCUGCCUCUGGGCCAAGUUAGGUGCGGCCGAGUCCAGCGCCGAGCGUCUGCAAGGCCGAAGGAGCCGCGGGGCGUCCGGGGCUGAGCCGCAGCAAAUGGGCUCUGACGUGCGGGACCUGAAUGCGCUGCUGCCGGCGGUACCCUCGCUGGGUGGCGGCGGUGGCUGCGCCCUGCCCGUGAGCGGCGCCGCACAGUGGGCGCCCGUGCUGGAUUUUGCACCCCCGGGCGCCUCGGCUUACGGUUCGCUGGGCGGUCCUGCGCCGCCGCCGGCUCCGCCGCCACCCCCGCCGCCGCCGCCGCCGCCUCACUCCUUCAUCAAACAGGAGCCGAGCUGGGGCGGCGCGGAGCCGCACGAGGAGCAGUGCUUGAGCGCCUUCACCGUGCAUUUCUCCGGCCAGUUCACCGGCACAGCUGGAGCCUGUCGCUACGGUCCCUUCGGUCCUCCUCCGCCCAGCCAGGCGUCCUCCGGCCAGGCCAGGAUGUUCCCUAACGCGCCCUACCUGCCCAGCUGUCUCGAGAGCCAGCCGGCUAUUCGCAACCAGGGAUACAGUACAGUCACCUUCGACGGGACGCCCAGCUACGGUCACACGCCCUCGCACCACGCGGCGCAGUUCCCCAACCACUCUUUCAAGCACGAGGACCCCAUGGGCCAGCAGGGCUCUCUGGGCGAGCAGCAGUACUCUGUGCCGCCCCCAGUCUAUGGCUGCCACACCCCUACCGAUAGCUGCACAGGCAGCCAGGCCCUGCUGCUGAGGACGCCCUACAGCAGUGACAAUUUAUACCAAAUGACCUCCCAGCUUGAAUGCAUGACCUGGAAUCAGAUGAACUUAGGAGCCACUUUAAAGGGAGUUGCUGCUGGGAGCUCCAGCUCAGUGAAAUGGACAGAAGGGCAGAGCAACCACGGCACAGGGUAUGAGAGUGAUAACCACACAACGCCCAUCCUCUGUGGCGCCCAGUACAGAAUACACACCCACGGCGUCUUCAGGGGCAUUCAGGAUGUGCGACGUGUGCCCGGAGUUGCCCCGACUCUUGUCCGGUCAGCAUCUGAGACCAGUGAGAAACGCCCCUUCAUGUGUGCUUACCCGGGCUGCAAUAAGAGAUAUUUUAAGCUGUCACACUUACAGAUGCAUAGCCGGAAGCACACUGGUGAGAAACCAUACCAGUGUGACUUCAAGGACUGUGAACGAAGGUUUUCUCGUUCAGACCAGCUCAAAAGACACCAAAGAAGACACACAGGUGAAAAGCCCUUCAGCUGUCGGUGGCCCAGUUGUCAGAAAAAGUUUGCGCGCUCAGACGAAUUAGUCCGCCAUCACAACAUGCACCAGAGAAACAUGACCAAACUCCAGCUGGCGCUCUGA